AUGGCCACCAAAACAAGAGCUCAGAGAAGGAAAUCCAAACCACCAUCUACCCCACCACCAGCCAAACAGAAAUCUACUGUCCCAAGCUCUACCCCACCACCAGCCAAAAAGAAAUCUAUUGCCCCAAGCUCUACCCCACCACCAGCAAAACAGAUUCCCAUUGUCCCACACACUACCCCACCACCAUUGCCUUCACCAACCACUGUAAAUAACCCUACCCACAUCACUACCAAACCAGCAACUAAGACAACACCAACCAUCCCAAAAUCCAAAAGGCCAACCCAACCCGCAUUAGUCGCACCUCUACCCAAGACACAAAAGACCACCACUACCACAAAAGUUGUGCCCAAGCCAAAACCUAUUGUUGUACCAACCACAAAGACCAAGAAAAAUCCAAUCCCUUCAGUUCCCUCUCAGAAAUUUGUUUCUCCUCAAGCCAGGGAGAAAUAUGAGUCCAUUAAGACAAAGAAGUUGCUCCUCGAAAAAGGAUUUUUUCCUACCAUUGUUGAGGUGCCAGCCUUCAUCAUUGAUGUCAUUGAGCAACACAAUUGGGAAAAUUUCUGUCAAAACCCAGAGCAUGAUAUCAUUCUAUUGGUGCAUGAGUUUUCCGCUAACAUCGUGUCCUCUACAAAUUCUGAAGUGAUCGUUCGUGGCAAGGCUGUUUCAUUUUCUGGUGAGGCUAUUAACUCGAUAUUUGGGCUGAACAGCUUUAAGUGCACUGUUCAUAAUGAUAUGGUAGUGGCCCUUGAACUAGAAAAUUUUGACAAGGCACUGCAGCUUGUCGCAUCUCCAGGCACUUAA